GGGAAAUCUAUGUUUAUCUCUAUUAUUGUUGGUGUCAUCUUGAUCGUCGUCAUUGUCAUGGAAAAGUUUGUCGUCAUAAUCUCAUUUUGCUGACGAGUUCCGAGAUUGAAGAAACAGAGAUAUCUCUAAAUGUGGCUGACUAGAGUCACAGUCUGCCGUAAUACACGGAUCUCUUCAAUGUGUGAUGUCAUCAGGAGGCUAGCUCGCGGAUAUUAUAACAUUUCAGACCUGGAACAGGAGACACGCCGACUUGGACGCAUUUCCACUCUGCGCUCUGCCGAGGCAGGCUGUACUGCACUGUGUGACGCCACAGGGGCUUGCUUGCAUCUUGAAAAACAGACUUGUUUCGAGACUACAGUGGUAACCUGCUCUGUGGAUCUCGGUCCGGGGUGUCUGAGCCCAACCUUAGGGUAAUCUGUUGCGUAAAUGAGUUACUCAAACUGUACCGGAACUGCUGAAUAAAACACAAUUGGCCAGGCGGAUGUUGUAGGACGCUGCAGCCUACCAUGCAAAUUAUAUUUAGCCUCUAAUCAUGGUGGUAGUCAUAGCUGGACCAAUGUAGGAUACAGUCAGAUAGGAUGUGCUCUCUAAAUCUGCUUAGCUUCACAAGGCUGGAAUGAACUCUUGGCCCACUUAAAAGACAGGUGUUUUUUCAAUCGAGGAAAGCCCAACGCCCUAAUCGUUAGAGAUUUCUUUUCAUGAGUGGAAAUUUUACGCUGGUGGCUUUGGGAAACUACGGUAUGCGUCUACGUUGUGGAUUUUCCACCUCUUGAGGUUUUGUUUUCAUCGUGUCGACCGCUGGAGAAGCCAGUUUUCAAGCCCGGAGAGGCUGAGGGUUUCUUCAUUGAAAGUGCAGCGGCUUCAGAAUGGAUGUAUGGUGGUCGGUCAUUUCGUGGGCGCUAGUGAUUGUUAGUGCAAGACAAUUUUUGAUUGCUAGAACGCAGAUGAUUGGAGAUCUCCGUCUGGCUGACGGACCCGCGCCCAACGCGGGUCGUGUGGAGUUCUACUUGGGCUUCCGCGGCUGGUACUCGACCUGUGAUGCUAGCUGGAGUAUCGACGACGCCAUUGUGGUCUGCCGACAGCUGGGAUUUCCAGGGGCCGCCUUGGCUCGCAAUAACAACCAUUACAGGGGUGGGGCCGGGGUUCCUUUGGCCCGUGAUUGGGAGUGCACAGGUGAUGAAAACCGUUUGCAGGAUUGUAAGUUCACUCCAAAACAACGUUGCCUUGAUACUGUUGGGGUCGUCUGCCAAGCACCAGGAUACCUAGGGUGCUACUCCGACCCAAGCGGCUCUUUCAACUCUCGCCUACGGGACGGCUUCGUCGCCUUGCCCAGCAUGAAUGUGUCGGCGUGUCGGGAACACUGCCGGAACAGUGGCUCGCUGCUGGCCGGUCUUAAGAACGGUAAAGAGUGUUACUGCGGGCGGUUCUACGGUGCCGUCCUGCCGGGCGAUAAGCUGUCUGACCGGCAGUGUCAAAUGCGAUGCGCUGGCAACGAAGAGGAAGUGUGCGGUGGAUCGAGAUCUCAGCUUCGAUCCGUGACUGCGUUAGACACGAUAUCAGUGUUUGAUGUAAAACUAGGUCGGUGUGACCCGCCCACCCAGCUCGCUAAUGGGCGUGUCCUUGGAAAUAAGUAUUCAUAUGGUGACGUCAUCCACUUCGUGUGUGGGCAAGGCUACCAGCUGCGCAACGCGUCUGCGGCGUCGGCCCGCUGCGUCAUGGUCCGAGACGGGACAGGAAGGACCGUGGGAUGGGAACAACCGGUUCCCGCGUGCCAAGUUGCGAUUGACAGCAAAACUAGGAUGACACAAGACGACAAGUUUACCGGAUACGAAACCAUUCAUCGCCAGCACACCCUUCUAGCUGUCCUUGCUUGUCUUGUAGCCAUACUGACCACGGCCAUUUUGUUCAUUCUUGUCAAGCGCCGAAUAGCGAGGAAAAGGGCUACAAGGAGUAACCCAGACCCGCCUCCUUGUUAUCAGGACUUGGUCAUGGAUUACGAGCCCAUUAUGGACCCAAAGACCGGUCACUACCCGGUUGACCGAGGUAGUUGCUACCAGACCCUUAAGCCGCCUGUACCGAACAGAUCUCCCCGUUACGCCAUCCGCGUCAACGUCCCAGGGCACAUCAGCUAUCCGCAAGAACUAUGGAAUCGCUGAUUGGCGCUGGUCAAAAGAGAAAGCAAACUGGUGACGUAACUAUGAUGUAUGACAGCUGGUCUGCUCAGGUUGUUUUACCGAGUGAUAAGGUGACUACAUUUAAGAUGACUGUUUGCUCAUAAAUAUUAUUUCUGGGUGAACUCUGUCCUUCCUAUAUUCCAGGUGCGUCAGUAGUUAAUUAAAAAUGACUGCAUUGCAGGUUACUGCAUCAAAAUAUAUUGCAUUGUCUUGAGGCUAAGACUGGACAUGAAGUUCACAUUUUAGACAAACCGAAGAAUAGAAUCAUUCAGCCGGACUUUCCACUAUUUUAUAUUUCACUUUAAAGCGAUUUCUAGGUCAGCCGAUGUCAUUUCAUGUGUAUCUUGCUCAAAGCUGAAUGUCUGGCAAAUAAUUAUAGCCAUGUUUUCGAAACAGAAGUUCAUUCAAGCCCUUGAAAACCCCCUAACGUUACUAGCAGAGAGUAUGCUGAAGUCUUUUUUCUGUUUGAAAAAUUUUUAGUAAAAACUUUCCAAAAGUUUGUUACACUAAAUGCAUUUACGGGUUUUUAUUGACAUCUAUAUAUAAGUUAGGUAUUGAAUGUUAAGUGUUUCCAAUUAUCGGUUGCGAUAUUUAAAUGUUUUUAUUCUUUUUCAAGUACAAUUUCUUUACUUUUUCAGCAUUGCACGCUUUUUGCGUCUUGUUUCAACUGGGUUACCCCUGGUAGUUGUAACAGCACCCAGCCCUGGGUGGUGCUCAUUGAAAAGAUUGAACGUAACAAUAUAUCGUGCAAAUCAUGUAAUGAUUCGCACAAUUCUUAGCAAUAAGAAAUGCCACCAAUGCCGAACAGUGAAAGUGGACACAAAGCCAUUGUAUGAAAUCAACGCAUGCGCACGAGACAGAGAUGUCGAAGCCACGAACUAAUAUUAAUCGAUUUUUGUCUCUCUUUCAUUACUUUUUUUAUAUUUGCACAUUGACCUUAACAUUGAUUGUUAUUUUCAUCUGAUGUACAUUUUCAGCAUAACGGAAUUUAUGGUUUCAUUCUUAACGAAUGCGUUACCUGUGUAUAAGUGUAAGUUAAAUUUGAAAUAAACUUUUCAUACCAUCAAACCUUCAAUGAGAGAAACCUAUCCAGAGCAACUGUAGUCUCCUUGCUUGGUCGUUCUUGCUCUAAGCCCAAAGUUCUCGAGUUCGAAUUAAGCCACAACUUUCAAUUUGUAGUACAGAAUACAGAUCGAUUCCUUAUACAUGUAUAUUUAAAAUUCACUGUCAGAUUUAGAAUAAUGUCGGUGGCCUGGAGGUUGAGUGUGAGAUUUCUAUUCCUGCAACCCAGGUUCGAAUCAAGGGGAUGCUUGCUUUUACUUGCAAUCGUCUUAGCCGAGUCUUUUAGAUAAAUAUAUGAAAACAGCGUUCCUUUCUGGGGACCCAGAUUGGGUAGCCGGUAGAGGCCUCGGCUGCGGAACGAGACGACCCAGGUUCGAGUCCCGCCUCGGACAGAGAUGUCCGAUGGAGGGAAACGCCUGGGAUCGGAGAUCCGUGGCGGUUGUGUAGCUAACUAGAUAAAAUAAAAUAAAAUAAAAUGGAAUUUUA